AUGACCGCGAAUAUUUUUGAACGUGGAAGGUUACAACGGCGUUACGUGGAGCCUCCAGGUAAAAGUGCGGUCCGUCUGAUAACGCCUCCACCUAACCUAACCGGUGACCUCCACGUGGGAAAUGCGUUGAACCUCGUCUGCAGCGACAUAUACUUACGACACGCCGAGCUGUCCAAUCGCGAAGUAUAUGCGCGCUUCUGCAGUGACCAUGCCGGCCAGGGUUUGGAGCGCAUUGUCAACCGCACCGUCGGCGUCGACAAGCCACCCGGUGAUAGGAUCCGUUGCGCAUUGCGCCACUGCAAAACCGUCUCAGAAGACCAUCUCGAUACUCUGACGAGCUUAGGUGUCGAUUGGCUGUAUGGAGGCUGGACGUUGGGACGUCGUAGCAAGGAGGUUACCAGGCAUGCUUUCGUCAGCCUUUACCGAGAUGGUCACCUCUCCGAAAAAUUGUAUCCGACUUUCGCCAAGAUAACCGAUAAAGGAGUCACCUUUUUAGACUCCGCUGAUGUGGAAAUUGUAAAAACGCCAAAGAAGCUCUACGCCAUCAAUCUGAAGUUGGUCGAUGUUAAUGUUGAUGAGAGCGAAUCCGCUGACGCAUCCUCGGAUGCGAGAUCCCCAGACGCCCAUCCAUCGGAUAACGUAUAUAAUGGAGAACACCUUACAGUGCACACAACCAAACCUGGACUGCUCCAUGCCUCGGCAGCCGUCGCCGUAUCCGAAGCGGUUUCCGAGCGGCUCAAAGGUAAGGCGGUGGUUCUUCCAGGCUCGGAUAGACGCAUCCCCCUGAUCGCCUCAGCAGGCGUGGAAGAUGAUCGAGCAACUUUUGUCAUGCCAGGGUACCUGUUUGAAGAUUACCAGCUGGGGUUGAAAUAUGGCCUUGACGUGAUCGACAUCACCGAUGAACGUGGUCGCCUGAAGAAUGUCAUUCCAGAGCUGUCAAAUUUGACCAUUGCAGAGGCUGAAAAGAAGCUGAUCGACAGUUUUGUCGAGGUUGCAACUGUGGAGGAACAGUCUCCUACGCUGCUUGGAGACCCGAGCUGCGAUGUAUACACGCUGCCCGCACCUCACUGGCUGAUCGACGUGGGCGCCAUAUCUGGUCCUGCUUUAGACGCCAUGAAUGAUCUUGAAGUAGACCCUCCAAGCCGCAGCUCACUCCUGCGCCAACGGGUGGCGUCAACUCAGCCGUGGUGUAUCAGCCGAUACGGCUGGUGGGGCAUGCGUGUCCCCGUUUGGUACCUGAAGAAGGACGGGAGCUCUAUGCCCUUCCCGGCGCACUCACAAUCGGAAGCAGAGCAAAUGGCCGAAGAGCAUCUGCAAUGUUCGCUCUCGGAUGCAUUGAGCAGAGGUUACAAGUUCGAGCAGGACACACGAACCCUCGACACCUGGUUCACCUCUGCUCUGUGGCCCAUUACGUCGACUCCUGGCACGCAUUCGUCACCAUUGGCACCGGAUUCAUGCAAUGAUACCAAGUUGCGCGAUGAUGUUCCCUUGGACGGUGUGGUGGUUGAUGGUCUAGCUAGUGGAGAAGUCGGCGAGAGUACCGCGGUGGAAGAUAUUAUGGCCUCCAUCGACGCUGCCAAGAAAGACUUAGUAGACUCACCAGAUGCUCCCAAAUAUGAUUUGGCGUUAUCACAGGCUGCAACGCUGAGCCUGACGAAUGCCACCAGGGUAUUGUAUACGUGUUACGACAUCCUUCACUCUUGGGUGGCCCGCAUGCUGCUGCUGUGCACGUGGUUUUCGAAAGGAAAGCUACCUUUCGACAAAUUGGUAUUACAUGGUUUGGUUAACGACUCUUCGGGUCGGAAGAUGAGCAAGUCUGAGGGCAACACUGUGACCGCUAGGGAGUUCGUGAGUGGCUUCGGCCAGCUCCCAGGAUUUCCAGACCUCAGCAAACCUAGUGAUGUGGAUGUGUUGAUCGCAAAGGUCGCCGGUAAAACCGUGAAGCACACCAACCCGCUGGCUGUGGCACAGGCACGGCUUGUCUUGGCCACAGCCGCGUCUAAGGCCAACGUCUGUCAUGAUUUGGGCGGGUACGCAGAUCGGGUGAAAAGUCUGCUCAAGAAGGUAGCUAAUAUCACAAAGUACGUCAGUAACGCGUGCAAGCAAGCGAACCUUGACCACAUGUGGGACAUAUCGCCUGAUGAGGUGGGCAACUCAUUCGUGGAGCGGCUGGUGUCGGCCGGCCUUUCGAGGUCCGGUAGGGAAGUUGGAAAUUGCAUCGAGACCUUUUCGUUCCGGAAGUCGUUCGAACACUUAGAGAAGUACGUAUCCGUAUUCUCGGAGUACGCAAUUCCCAGCCACCGACACGGCGACUUAGGCAUCGGAGCUCUAGCCCUGGGUUACCGAGACCUCCUGAGGCUGCUGAUGCCGUUCACUCCCCAGCUGGUGACCGCCAUGCCAAUCCCUCUUGGCAUGAUGGGCACUGGCGAGCUGUUUGAAUGGCCUGUUUUCGGCGACCCCGUUGCUGAGGACGAGCGCGCCUUCGACGUGUUCGAAAGCGUCAUUCGGCAGCUGCGCAGGCACGCACUGGAAGGGUCCGACAACGCCGUAGUAGAGGUUCCGGAGGACCUCAGGGACGCGAUCGAAUCGCACCGUCCGCUGCUGACAUACUUGCUCAAGCUCACAUAUAACACGGUCAUACAAUUUAAUGUACAGUCCUAG